ACAUACACAGUGCGGCAUAUUACUAUUAUAUAUUAAUAUCAUGAUAAUGUAACACGUCACUUGCUUUGUUUUGCUCUUUCAUUUCAUAUUUUAUGAACCUCUCUUCAUGUCAGUGCAUACAGACAUCUUUCAAAAAAGAAGGACUGGAGGGGGGUUGGUGAGAUGACUCAGGUGCCUAUCACCAAGCAGUGACCUGAGUUUGAUUUCACCUGACCCACAAGGUCGGUGGCAAGAGCUGAUUCCCAGAAGUUGUCCUCUGAUCUCCACAUGACCACAGACAUAGAUUCACACAUACAUACAUACAUAAAUAACUAAAUAAUUUUAAUGAUACUGGAGAAAAGCCUUAGGUGUGUUUUCUCCACAACAGAGAGGCUGUGGACAACUGUAAAACAAUAAGAUCAAUUGAGAAAAAUAAGACUACAAGACAUUCUUCCCACUUCUGUUUUACUUGGCUCUAGUGUGCAAGGGACCUUUGACUGGGAAAGGAGUACUACUAGCCCCAUGCCCUCGGUAGAUAAGAUGUAUCAAGUGUGGAAAAGGAAAGGGGUCUGCGCUGGGCCCCUGUGACCGGCAGGUAGGAAACAGUCCCUGGGAGGCCUUCUCUGGUCUUUGCCUUCUGCAAGCUUGGUGGUUUGUUGGUCAUUUUGUCUGCUGUCGUUUCCUUACCAAAUUCAUAGCAUCCUUUCUGUGGUCCUCUUCGGCUCUGAAACCUUUACUCUCCAUCUCCUGCGUUUCCAGUUUGUUCUCUCAGGUUCUAGCUUUCUUUGGCCUUGUGGAAUACUUUGGGAAAUAAGCAGACUGCAACCUCAUUUAGAGUCAGUGUCUCAAUAGAUCAGCUGACUCUGACAGGCCGGCUCCCCUAAGGCGGUGUCAGCCAAAUUCCUCUACAUCAAGGGAAGGUGGCUACUGCUCCUGACCUUGAAGCAGAAGCCAGGGUGUGACCCACCCCCUGGGCAGUCAGUCCCGCCCCAGCACAGCAUCCCUACAGGUUGCACAGGAGGAGUGAAUUUAGAAUUCCAAAGAUUGAAUUUUGACCUAGCUGACUCUUCAUUUCCAUUUUCAAACGGACUGUUUACAAUAGAAAUCCGUUCACGCCCAGCAGGGGUGUUCCAUAAUCUAAGCACAACCCACUGUGGGUGACCUCCGAGGCUCCCAGAGCUGGUAAUGCGAGAUUCUAGUUUCUUCUCCAUCCCGAAGCUGCCCUAGAUGUGACCUCCCGGGUCCUCAUUCCACUCCCUGCGCCUUCGAGUGCGUUCUGAACUUCAGAGCUCAGCAGGUUCCAGUCUUUCACUUCCAUCCAGCACCCUCAUCAAAACAACCCGGGGUGGCGCUUUCUCAGGGAGCCUCGGAGCCUGGAAACCUUGUCCCCAGGGCCGGGCGGUGGCUGGCGGCUGGCUGCAGGGAGUCAGGGCAGCUUGGCUAUGUGCUGCAGGAAACCCCCCGGCGGUCUGGGGAGCCCUGGUCCACUCACCCGAGCGCCUGCAUCCGGGGAGUCCUGGAACUCCUCCCUCGACCCACGCACUUGAACUCGGAGCCAGAACUCCGGCCGCCGUCCUGCCCCCGGGCUGCUCCAGCCCUGAGCCCUGAGCGAAGAGGGCCCUCGGAGAGAUGAUCUGGCUGUGGCUGGUCCAGAGGCUGCUGUUUUUGGGCGCGGCGAGCGCCGUGUCCCUGGCCGGCGCCACCCUCCUCCUCAACAUUCUGCAGAUGGUGGCGAGCUACGCGCGGAAAUGGCAGCAGAUGCGGCCUAUCCCAUCCGUGGCCCGCGCCUACCCCUUGGUGGGACACGCGCUGUCCUUGAAGCCUAACAGCACCGAGUUUUUUCAGCAGUUAAUUCAGUACACAGAAGAAUACCGGUAUCUGCCACUGAUUAAACUUUGGAUUGGACCAGUGCCGAUGGUAACUCUUUAUAAGGCAGAAACUGUGGAGAAAAUUUUGACAAGUUCAAAGCAAAUUGAUAAAUCAAGUAUGUACAAGUUCCUAGAGCCAUGGCUCGGCUUGGGGCUGCUUACAAGUACUGGAAGCAAGUGGCGCUCCAGGAGAAAAAUGUUAACACCAACUUUCCAUUUUACAAUUCUGGAUGAUUUCUUAGAUGUCAUGAAUGAACAAGCAAAUAUAUUGGUUAAGAAGCUUGAAAGCCACGUUAAUCAAGAUGCAUUUAACUGCUUUUUUUACGUCACUCUUUGUGCCUUAGAUAUAAUCUGUGAAACAGCCAUGGGGAAGAACAUUGGUGCUCAAAGCAACAAUGAUUCUGAGUAUGUCCGCACAGUAUAUAGAAUGAGUGACAUGAUACAUCGAAGAAUGAAGAUGCCCUGGUUUUGGCUUGAUCUUUGGUACCUUAUGUUUAAAGAAGGACGGGAACACAAACGGGGACUUAAGCGCCUACAUACUUUUACCAACAGCGUUAUUGCUGAACGAGCCAAUGAAAUGAAGGCAGAAGACUGUUCAGGCGCUGACAGGGGCCCUGUCCCUUCCAAAAACAAACGCAAGGCUUUCCUUGACUUGCUUCUAAGUGUGACUGAUGAAGAAGAAAACAGGUUAAGUCCUGAAGAUAUUCGAGAAGAAGUUGACACCUUCAUGUUUGAGGGUCAUGAUACAACUGCAGCUGCAAUAAACUGGUCCUUAUAUCUAUUGGGUUCAUAUCCAGAAGUCCAGAAAAAAGUAGACAAUGAACUGGAUGAAGUGUUCGGAAAGUCCCAUCGCCCUGCCACCUUGGAAGACCUGAAGAAACUGAAAUAUCUGGACUGUGUCAUUAAGGAGACACUUCGCCUUUUUCCUUCAGUGCCUUUAUUUGCCCGGAGUCUCAGUGAAGAUUGUGAAGUUGCGGGUUACAGAGUGUCCAAAGGCACAGAAGCUGUCAUCAUUCCCUAUGCAUUGCACCGAGACCCCAGGUACUUCCCAGACCCUGAGGAAUUCCAGCCGGAACGGUUCUUUCCUGAGAAUGCCCAAGGACGCCAUCCGUACGCCUAUGUGCCCUUCUCUGCUGGACCCAGAAACUGCAUAGGUCAGAAGUUUGCUGUGAUGGAGGAAAAGACUAUUCUUGCCUGUGUCUUGAGGCAUUUUUGGGUAGAAUCCAAGCAGAAGAGAGAAGAACUUGCCCUGUCAGGAGAUUUGAUUCUUCGGCCAAAUAAUGGCAUCUGGAUCAAGUUGAAGAGGAGACAUGCAAAUGAAUCCUAACUUCAUCUUCAGACUGUGCCCUCAUCAUGAAGCUUACCCCGUAAGAAGCAUGGUGUUUACAAUUUGUAGAUCCUAAGUUGGAUAGUCUGAAUCCCCAGACCUAACAUUUUUCUUAUAUACACUGAUCCUGGGAUCCAGGCCAUCCUGGAGAGUUUUAGUCAUAGAUGCCGUGUUGCACCUGCACCAUGGUCUGGAACGUACUGUUAUUUGAGCCAAUGCCAACAUACACAUAUAACAAAGGUUCUAACAGAGGGAACCUUGGGCCUGUUAAAUUUCAUUUAACAGAUUCAAAAGAGAUCCUUCAAUUGAGACAUCAGAAUUAAGAAAAUAUUUUUGUUGACUUGGAGAUAUGUAUCAUAGCAUUUAAAACUGUUGAGUAAUUAAGUCUUUUGAUAUAAUGGGCUUAAAUUUUCAAGUUUUAUUAGUGUCAUCAAUUAUGAAAAUAGUAAUUGCUAUAGCACCUUUAGAUUUUAUAAUGAAAAUCAGGUCCCUUACACACGAGACUGAGGUUCUGAUCCAGUCUCCUUUGGACUGUGUACUUAAGAGUCUUCUGUGCAUUCUUUGUAGAGUCACAGUCACCUUUAUGUACAAUAUGUUAUUUGGAAGAGAUACCACUUAGUAAUUUCCAAGCUCUCACAGUGCUCAUAUGGUGAAUUAAUGGGUUUGGAACUGGAGGAGCCAUAGAACUGAUCUGCUUAAUACCCCCUUCUAUUACGAGAAGAGGGAUUCAAUCAAGAGCACAGCUACUCUUUGGGGCACCACGGGAGUAGAUAAGGAACCUCUCCAUUCCCAUUAUGAUAUACGUCCUCAUACAAUAUGCUUCGGCUCUAUGGAACUCAGGACUAUGACUGAAUGUGUUAGAACUCAGGACUCCUGCCCAUGGUACAGACAUGUUGCUUUGAAAUUCUUCCGCCUUUAGGUGAAAAAAGAAGCUGCUCUAUAUUUUGUGUGUAGUGAUAUCCCACUUGGUAUAGGUCCAGAGAUCUAAUUAAUUCAGCCCCAUAGAACAUACCUACCAACCUGAUAACUGAUAUGCAUUCUUUGAAUUUUAAUUUGGUACAUAAUACCACCAUUCCUUGUACAAUGACUUUCAGAAAUUAACUUUAAUAAAUAAUUUUAACAAGA